AUGGGCAAGGUGACAGAAAAAAUACUGGCAAUCGAUCCAGGACCUGGAUCAGCUGCAUUAGAUUUGUGGGUAGAGUGGUUUGACAAAGGAGCCGGCCGCCGCAACCACAGCCAGUUCGACACCCUGGAUGAAUACCUUGAGUAUCGCAUUCUUGAUGUAGGAAAAAUGUUCGCCAAAGCACAGCCCUGA